CGAACGUAGCUUGGGGGUGCCCGGGGCCCCCCUUGGUGGGCUUUGACCUUGAGGUCAGGCUUCGCCAUGACGUGGAAACUGAUGGCGCUGGUUUCCAUCGCUGCUGCCAUGCACGGACGGAUCCAAUGCCCAGGAACUGGAGGAACUUGCCAUUGUAACUGCAAGAUGGCUCAACAGAUGCCCAUGGCGCCAAUGACCCCCAUGACCCCGGGCCUUCCACCGCCGCCCCCGGCCGCCCCGGUGGUGCCGCCGCUGCCGCCGCCCGCCGCGCCCCUGGUGGCGCUGCCGCCGCCGCCGGAGGCGCUGCCGGCGCAGCCGCUGGUGCAACUGCCACCGUUGCCGGAGAUCUCACACCUGGGGCCGGAGGACAUCCCGAAACUUACCACGCCUCCACCACCGCCAUCCCCCAUGUCUGAAGAUGACGUCAAAAAGGCGAUGUUGAAGUGGUUGAGCCCUGGAGAACUGGAUCAGAGGCAGCAACAACUUGAAGACUUGAAAGAGAUGCAGAAGAGCACUCGCGAAGAAAUGGCCAAGGCGUUGACGGCGGCAGGCACGUCGAUGGCUGACCAUGCCAUGCAGCAGCAGAUCAUCAAACAUCAGACGGCUGCCGCUGCGAUGGCAGGUGCACCAGCUCCAGCCCCUGCGCCGGCAGCCAAAGGAGCCUUGCUGGAAGUCGCAACAAGGGCAACGCAGCAUCUGCGUGGCCGUGAGGUCAUCGAAGGGCAGCGCUGUGAUUGUGAUUAAGGCGGCCGGGGGUGGUGAGAUCAGAGCCAUUCAAGCCUCGUGCCAAGUGAGCCAUUCAUGCCAUAUGCUGGUUGCUUGGUUAAUAUAU